UCCGCGGGCCUGGCGCCUGGUCAUGACGUAAGCUCCGGUUGUCGUGCUGAGUCGGAAGUGGGAGCCCUUCGGCCACUAAGACUCCUGCUGUGUCGUCGCUGCUGGCCUUUCUGGCUCUGCCCCUCCCCCAGGUCUGGAUGGAGGAUACGUUAAAGUGAAAUGACAGACCAGGAGAAUAACAACAACAUCUCAAGUAACCCCUUUGCUGCCCUUUUCGGCUCCCUGGCCGACGCCAAGCACUUCGCGGCCAUCCAGAAGGAGCAGCUGAAGCAGCAGUCCGGGAGGAGCUCCACUGCUCACGGCUCGCGUUUUCUGGCAGACGAGCCCCCCGCCACCCCGGAUGACUCGGACAACAGUGUGUCGGAGAGCCUGGACGAGUUCGAUUACUCCGUGGCUGAGAUUAGCCGCUCCUUCCGCUCCCAGCAGGAGAUAUGUGAGCAGCUCAACAUCAACCACAUGAUCCAGAGGGUCUUCCUCAUUACUCUGGACAACAGUGACCCCAGCUUGAAAAGCGGGAAUGGCAUCCCCAGCCGCUGUGUGUACUUGGAAGAAAUGGCGGUGGACCUGGAAGACCAGGACUGGCUUGAUAUGAACAAUGUCGAGCAGGCUGUCUUCGCUCGCCUGUUACUGCAGGAUCCAGGCAACCACUUGAUUAACAUGACAUCUUCUACAACCUUGAACCUCUCUGCUGACCGAGACGCAGGGGAGAGGCACAUUUUUUGUUACCUUUAUUCCUGUUUCCAAAGAGCUAAGGAAGAGAUUACCAAAGUUCCAGAGAACCUGCUCCCCUUCGCGGUCCAGUGCAGGAGCCUCACUGUGUCCCACACGCGAACGGUUCUCCUCACCCCUGAGAUCUAUGUUGACCAAAACAUCCACGAGCAGCUGGUGGAUUUGAUGUUGGAAGCCAUCCAAGGAGCCCAUUUUGAAGAUGUAAUUGAGUUUCUGGAAGAGGUCAUUGCAGCCUUGAUAUUGGAUGAAGAAGUUCGAACGUUUCCAGAAGUCAUGAUCCCGGUGUUUGAUAUUCUAUUGGGCCGAAUAAAAGAUCUAGAACUCUGCCAGAACCUGUUUUAUGCAUAUCUGGAUAUUAUUCUCUUCUUCACCAGACAGAAGGAGCUGGCAAAGGUUUUUGUAGAAUACAUUCAGCCCAAGGACCCUAGCAAUGGGCAGAUGUACCAGAAGACCUUGCUGGGAGUAAUCCUGAGUGUCUCCUGCUUAUUAAAGACCCCGGGCGUUGUAGAAAAUCAUGGCUACUUCCUGAAUCCAUCUCGCUCCAGUCCCCAGGAGAUCAAAGUGCAAGAGGCCAACAUCCAUCAGUUCAUGGCUCAGUUCCAUGAAAAGGUCUACCAGCUGCUGAAGAACCUGCUCCAGCUCUCUCCGGACACCAGACACCGCGUCCUGUCCUGGCUCGGGAGCUGUCUGCACGCGAAUGCAGGCCGCGCCAAGAUCUGGGCCAACCAGAUGCCAGAAAUGUUCUUCCAGACGUACGCCUCGGACGCCUUCUUUCUGAACCUGGGGGCCGCGCUCCUGAAGCUGUGCCAGCCGUUCUGCAGACCCGGGUCGCCCCGGCUGCUCACCUUUAACCCCACCUACUGUGCCCUGAAGGAGCUGAAUGACGAAGAGCGAAAAAUUAAAAACGUACACAUGAGAGGUUUGGACAAAGAAACUUGUCUGACCCCGGCUGUGCAGGAGCCGGAGUUUCCCCAGAGCUACAACCUGGUGACGGAGAACCUCGUCCUGACCGAGUACACCCUGUACUUGGGGUUUCACAGGUUGCAUGAUCAGAUGGUCAAAAUCAACCAAAAUCUGCAUCGGCUGCAGGUAGCCUGGCGGGAGGCACAGCAGAGCUCUAGCCCCGCUGCCGACAACCUCCGUGAGCAGUUUGAGCGGCUGAUGACCAUCUAUCUUUCUACCAAGACCGCCGUGACCGAGCCCCAGAUGCUACAAAAUUGUCUAAACUUGCAGGUGUCCAUGGCCGUCCUCCUCGUUCAGCUGGCCAUAGGCAACACGGGCUCGCAGCCCCUCGAGCUCACUUUCCCCUUGCCGGGCUCCUACGGCUCGUUGGCGUACGUCCCGGAAUUUUUUGCAGAUAACUUGGGCGACUUCCUCAUUUUUCUCCGCCGCUUUGCCGAUGACAUCUUGGAGACAUCGGCAGACUCCCUGGAACACGUCCUCCAGUUUAUCACCGUUUUCACGGGCAGCGUAGAAAGGAUGAAGAACCCCCACCUGAGGGCCAAGCUGGCGGAGGUGCUGGAAGCAGUGAUGCCCCACCUGGAUCAGACCCCGGGCCCCCUGGCGCCCAGUGUGUUCCACCGGAAGCGGGUGUUCUGCGGCUUUCCCCACGCAGCGCACCUCGCAGAGGCUCUGAUCAAGGUCUUUGUGGACAUCGAGUUUACAGGGGACCCCCACCAGUUUGAACAGAAGUUUAACUACCGACGUCCCAUGUACCCCAUCCUGCGGUAUAUGUGGGGGACAGAUCCCUACCGAGACAGCAUCAAGGAUCUGGCCGACUACGCCUCGAAGAAUUUAGAAGCCAUGAACCCCCCGCUUUUCCUCCGCUUUCUCAACCUGCUGACGAACGAUGCCAUCUUCCUUCUGGAUGAAGCCAUACAGUAUCUAAGCAAGAUAAAGAUCCAGCAGAUUGAGAAAGACCGGGGCGAAUGGGAGAGCCUGGCCCCGGAAGCCCGCCGGGAGAAGGAGGCCGGCCUGCAGAUGCUCGGCCAGCUGGCGCGCUUCCACAACAUCAUGUCCAACGAGACCAUCGGCACGCUGGCCUUCCUGACGUCGGAGAUCAAGUCCCUGUUUGUGCACCCCUUCCUGGCCGAGCGCAUCAUCUCCAUGUUGAACUACUUCCUGCAGCACCUCGUGGGCCCCAAGAUGGGGGCCUUAAAGGUCAAGGACUUCAGCGAGUUCGACUUCCGGCCCCAGCAGCUCGUCUCGGACAUCUGCACCAUCUACCUGAACCUCGGGGACGAGGAGAACUUCUGCGCCACCGUGCCCAAGGACGGACGCUCCUAUUCCCCGACUCUCUUUGCGCAGACGGUCCGAGUGCUGAAGAAGAUAAAUAAGCCGGGGAACAUGAUUGUGGCUUUCAGCAACUUAGCAGAGAGAAUCAAGUCUCUGGCAGACCUCCAGCAGCAGGAGGAGGAGACGUACGCGGACGCCUGCGACGAGUUCCUGGACCCCAUCAUGAGCACGCUCAUGUCCGACCCGGUGCUGCUGCCGUCCUCCAGGGUCACCGUGGACAGGUCCACCAUCGCCCGGCACCUGCUCAGUGACCAAACCGACCCCUUUAACCGGAGCCCCCUCACCAUGGACCAGAUCCGGCCAAACACAGAACUGAAGGAGAAAAUACAGCGGUGGCUGGCGGACAGGAAGCAACAGCAAAAGGAGCAAGUUGAAUAAACGACUGUGAACUCAGCAAACCGGACACCCGGCCCGAGCAGAGAGGAAAGGUUGUGUGUGGUUUCUCUUUGUUGGUUCUGUUCCUUUUCUUUCUUUCUUUCUUUCUUUUUUACUAAAUUAGAGAACUGCUCUUGCUCAAAUUACGAUACUUUAGAUUUACCGCCAGGAACCCGACAGCGCUGUCCUGGCUCGCGCGGCGCCGGGGUUGGAAGCGGUCGCUAAUCGGGCUCUGUGUUCUCUCUUCCGGGUCCUCGUUCCUCCUCCCUCCUUAAGUCCUAUUAACUCCAGCUGCUACAGCCUCCUGCCGUCUUCCUGCUGGCGCUCCUGGCACCUGCUCAGACACCUGUGGUGAGCGCGGCUUUUAAGUAUACGUGUUUCAGGGACAGCUGACACCCCCAGAAAGUCCUGUCAUCCAGCCGUUUACUCGACCUCACGACCCGGAUGUCAGCCCUUUCCUGUCACAGCUCCCCCGCGUUACAGGAUGACCUGUCACAUAAAAUUACACAGCUCGCCGUCUGGGUGGACUCCUGACGAUAAUAGAGGAGACCCCCCCCAGAGGAGCCUGACGCCGCCCUCCGCGGUGGUUCUGACGCCGGUGGUAUCCCGGGUCUCAGAAGAGCCUAGAGCGCCCGGGGUUAUGAUUAUGCAAAACACUUAUGCCCCGUAAUCUUUUUAGGAGGCUUGGUCGGACCGAUGUGAACUUUGACACGUUAUUCAGAAAAUUCUGAGGUGAGAGACGACAGGAGGAAAACUGUUGGUACAGUGGGAAGAGUCAGGGAACAAACGUGACCACGAAAAAUACCGUCUUCACACACUGGCCUCAACAGUGUGUCUCAGUAAAUGUAUACCCACCACGUGCGUUUUCCUGUUGGUCUAGUGUAACCUGAGCACUUCAUGCCGUCUCUUCCGUGGGGAGAUGAAUGCAGUGUGUGGCCAUGUUUACUGACACGCUUAUUCUAGACAGAAUGUUGAGACUAGAACGUGUGGAGUUAACGUUUGUUUGGGCCUGUGACCUAAUUUCCCAGAGCCACUUCUAACUCAGCCUUAGGGACACCGAUUAACAAAGUAGGAAUUUGAGCACAACUUUGUCCACAGCCAGUUUAAAUAUCCACCUAGCCCUGCGUUCGUAGCGGGCGGAUGGGCCCCCAUGACCAAGCGGACGUGGGGCUUACGCGCUGGGCGAGGCGCCUUCCCCUGCGGACACGGCGCUAUCCCCCGGAGCCUGAAUACAAGUCACAGAGGCGAUGCGAUCUAGAAACGGGGGUCACUGCUUCGUUGUCAGCCAUGGCCUCUCAGACGAGACAGUGACGAUAUUCCAGCACAAGCUGCUGUAAAGAGCUGUUGUGCGUGGUGGUGUCACUUGGAAAACCUCCCACCAGCGGGCGCCCCACACUGGGUGUGACGGAGACACUGCCUGUGGCUGUGCUUCCAAUGGGGAAAAGAGAGUCUAGGACUCGUGGAAAUGCCAGGAUGUGGCUUAACAGGAUUUGUGUAUUUUCUUAAGAUGAGCUUCAUUUCAUAUUUAUUAUCCUCCUCCUCUGAAAAUGAACUGUGUAUAAAAGAAGCUUCUGCCGAUUUGCAUUUAUCUCCCAAACCCUGUAAUAGGAUGUUUUAAUUUUCUUUUAAAAGAAAAGCGCAGGACAGACAGUUUUCUAGGACAGAAUUGGAGGGAAACGGGCACAAAACCUCAGAAGGCAGCCGUUGCCGGCAGCUUCCUAGCUAACAGCUGCUUCUGUGGUCUUCAGAUUGUAAGCCUUUUUCUGCAAGCUUUUUCUUUUUUUUUUAAGUUAUUUCCUGCAACUUUGUGGAUGCUGUGGCACCGGUGCCGCUGCGUAUUCUUCAGACUCCUCACAAAAAGCAAGCGUUUAGUUUAAGGCCACUGUUGGUAAGGAAACCAAGUGUCCUCUGUGCCUUUUUUUUUUUCCUUUCCUUGAAGAACAUCCCAAAAAUGAGACUAAAGAAUUACCAUCUUGCUACACCAUGAUGUAUAUACAUGCUUGGAGGCUUAAAGAGACGUUUUGUCGUCUGACACUCGGAAGCGGCUCUCCGUCUGUCGGAGCAGACUUUCUGCCGCCCUAGCGUUAGGUGCUGGCUCAGCCGGAGUAUGAGAGGGAACGGGGACUCUCGUCAGCUCUGGUAUGCUUUCCAAGAGGGGAACAGCUAAACUUGGAAAAUUAUUUAAGUAGGUUUAUCAAGCAAUCUUGGUUUGUUUGAUUUUUUAAUGUGUAUAGUUUUUAAUGGAUCUGUAACGACAGAGAAACGGUAAGAGUGCUUGAAGGUCCCAGCCGGUGUCCGGUAUCACCGUCUACGAGCGCGUCAUUACUUUAUCGGAUGCUGGUUGCCAAGCAGCCAUUGCCCAGGGCUGAGGCCACCUGGGUGCCUCUGGAGCCAGAGGGGCUGAUGCCGCACCGCUGAGGUCAUACGAGAAAAUAAUGCACAUGCUCUAACUGCAACAUGGGAAAACCUAGAAACAAAAAAUAAAAAGGCUGAUUGAAAUAAAACUUGAUCAACAUAACUGUAUUUUGAAACAUUCCAGGAAGGUUACUUCUUGUCAAACUUGCCUGGGGUUGUUUGUUCAAAGCUUGUAUUUAAUAAAUGAACACCUGACUUACAA